UCAAUGCCCAAACCCCCCAAAAACUUUUGUUUUUUGUUUUUUUUUUGAUAAACCAAAAACUUUUGUUGCUUGAACGUUAAACCCAGAUUUCUUUUCCCUCGACUUUCUCUGGCCAUCGAUUGGAUUCCACAAAGAUGAGGAUAGCAGUAGAAGGUUGUAUGCAUGGCGACCUCGACACCGUCUAUAGAACCCUACAGUACGCAGAAAAGAAACACGGCUUCAAAAUAGACCUCCUCCUCUGCUGCGGCGACUUUCAGGCUGUGAGGAAUGAAGAGGAUCUUGAGAGCGUAAACGUGCCAAGAAAGUACCGUUCCAUGAACUCGUUCUGGAAGUACUAUUCGGGUGAAGAGCUCGCUCCGUAUCCUACUAUCUUCAUCGGCGGAAACCACGAGGCAUCCAAUUACUUGUGGGAAUUGUACUAUGGAGGAUGGGCAGCGCCUAAUAUAUAUUUUUUGGGAUUUGCUGGGGUGGUCAAGUUCGGGAACAUUCGCAUUGGUGGACUUUCUGGAAUUUACAACUCACGCAAUUAUUAUUUAGGACACCAUGAAAGGCCUCCUUAUAAUGAGAGUACAAUCAGAUCUGUGUAUCAUGUUCGUGAAUACGAUGUCCAAAAACUCAUGCAAGUUGAGGAACCGAUUGAUAUUUUUCUUUCACAUGAUUGGCCUCUUGGCAUCACUGAUUAUGGGAAGUGGGAGGAGCUUGUUCGACGCAAACCAUAUUUCAAGAAGGAGAUUCAAGAAAGGACUCUUGGAAGUGCAGCAGCUGCUCAACUGCUUGAAAAAUUGAAACCACCUUAUUGGUUUUCAGCUCAUCUACACUGCAAAUUUGCUGCUCUUGUUCAGCAUGGGGAAGGUGGCCCCCUGACAAAAUUUCUUGCACUUGAUAAAUGUCUUCCUGGGCGCCCAUUUUUACAGAUACUUGAACUCGAAUCAGAGCCUGGACCCUAUGAGAUCCAGUAUGAUGAAGAAUGGCUAGCAAUAACGAGGAGGUUUAACUCUAUCUUUCCUUUGACCAGAAGACGUGCAAAUUUUGGGACUGUUGAUCUUCUAAAGGAAGAAUGUCAUCAAUGGGUCGGGAGCAGGCUACAAGAAAGAGGGGCCAAACCUUUUGAGUUUGUUCAAACAGUUCCAUGUUACAAUCCCUCUCAAUCUGGUUCCAGUGGUUCCUUUUCUGGAUACCCCAGGAAUCCUCAAACAGAGUCUUUCUUGCAGUUUCUAGAACUUCCUUAUCUUCUUGAUAACAUGUCAGAACCCAAGGACCUAUCCUACAGUCCUGCUUCCUUGCUUCAAAGUGAUAUAUUGCCUUCUUGUUGGCCAUGCUUACGAGACUGUUGCCGAAACUGCUUACCCUUAUCUCCUAUGGAAGUAUUCCUGCAAGUAGCAGCUCUUAAAACUGGUUCAAAGUUGGGUUCUUUUGAUGACAACAGUGAAGCCAUUCCCAUUGAUGAUGUAGAUGAACUGGAAGAACUUGCAGAAGAAGUUGAUGAUGAGGAAACCUGAAAAUCACAAACUUUGAAGCUCCCCGCCCGCCCCCCGGCGGCACAAACAUUAAUGGUGACACUUACCAUGUGUGACCUUGGAUGAGUACUGCCUGUAAUUGCCUUGUUAGGCAGGUAUGUUGACGGGUUGCUAUUUUGAUAAAUGGUAAGUGAUCUGAAGUCUGAAUUAUAUUUCUUCCAAACUGGCCUGCGAGACGGGGAACUUCCUUGCAAAAAUUACAAGUUGGGAGUGAAGCAGACAUGGAUUUAAUGUAAAGUAAACCUAUGGCAAAUACCUGAAGUUGAACUCGUAUUUGCCCCGCCAACUUAUUGUAACUGCUCGGACUGCUAGCUUUAUACGCGUUCGGAGUCCGGACUGCAUCGUACUCUCUCUCUCUUUUUUUUUUUAAUAAAUAAUAGGAAAAACACUUAAUUAAAAAACGGAGGGAUUGCA